GUCACAAGCACUCUGGUGUUAGUUGCGGCGAGGUGCGCCAGAUAGCACUGCUUCAGAAUCGCAAUUUAAUCUGAGAAGCAGUGCCAUGAGUAGUGAUCUUCUCUUUUUAUCACUCUUAUUACUGUUCUGAUAAUGAAUGGCAGCGAGCGGGAAUGAUAUUCAGAGGUUGAUCGUUCAUCCUCACAGUUUCGUUUGGUUUCUUGAAGAUAGAAGAUUGUUCUUGUGUUGUUCGUCGAGUUUGUGUGGUGGAGCACUCCAGCAGUGAACUGUCAAACGUUUUAGAAAUCAUUUUUCAAAAUGCCUACUGUGAUAUCCAAAUACUUAGACACUGCAGCAGCAAAAUAUAAUAUUAGAAAAGAGCAUUUAACACGUGGUGUGGUUACUGGUGUGGUGGUUUUAUAUUGUCUAAAAAUAGGUUACCCAUAUAUUCAAUCCCUUUGUAAGCAAAGUGUUAAAUCUGAAACUAAUGCAAAACAAUCAUCAUCAAAAGUGGUCACUGAAAAGAAUGGGAAAGCUAUUUGUUGCACUUCAGAAAAGAAGGAUGUCAAUAAAAAUAAUGCAAAGAACAGGAGGAGGAGCAAACUCCAAGUUCUUAUUGAGCGAAUUGCAAGGAGAAUACCGCUCAUCAAUCCUGAGUUUGUAUUUCAGCUGUAUCGUUUAGGGAAGUUAAUGGUUCCUGGGAUAUGGACUGCAGAAGCUGGUUUAUUGUUUGUGCACACAAUGGCACUUGCCACAAGAACUUUUCUCUCAAUUUAUGUGGCAUCAAUGGAAGGACAGAUUGUGAAGUACAUUGUUAGACAGGAUGUUACUCAAUUUGCCCUUAUGUUGUUAAAAUGGCUUGGAGUAGCAAUUCCAGCAACAUUUAUAAAUUCUCUUAUACGAUAUUUGGAGAACAAAAUAGCUCUGGCAUUCAGGACACGGCUUGUCAACUAUACUUAUGGCCUGUAUUUCAAACAACACACAUACUAUCGAAUUGCAAACUUGGAUGGACGAAUUGAAAAUGCUGAUCAUCGCCUCACUGACGAUAUAACAGCAUUUACUUCCUCUAUAGCCCACUUAUAUUCACAUAUCACAAAGCCACUUCUUGAUUGCCUUUUAAUUGUGAUGGCUCUUGCUAGAACAAACAGAAAAAUGGGCUCUUCUGCUCUACCAGGACCUCUUUUGGCAACGGUGGUCAUUAUGCUUACUGGACAGAUUCUUCGCGCAGUUUCUCCCAAGUUUGGAGCAUUAGUGGCAGAGGAAGCCAAUCGUAAAGGAUAUCUCAGAUAUAUACAUUCCAGAAUUAUAACAAAUGCUGAAGAAAUUGCAUUUUAUGGUGGAGAAAAAGUUGAAAUUAAUCAUUUGUCAAAAGCAUAUGCUUCUCUGGCAACACAAAUGAACGCCUUGUUUUCUCAAAGACUGUGGUAUAUCAUGCUUGAGCAGUUUCUUAUGAAGUAUGUGUGGAGUGGAACGGGUAUGAUAAUGGUAUCUCUGCCUAUCCUUGCCGCAAACAAAUCAUCCAAACGUUCCUCUGAAAUAUCUGCAGAUGAUACACCUGAUGGGGGAGUAAGCGAAAGAACCCAGUACUUCACAACUGCCAGAAACUUGUUACUUUCUGGUGCUGAUGCUGUUGAGAGACUAAUGUCAUCGUACAAGGAAGUUGUUGAAUUAGCUGGUUACACAUCACGCGUGAGUGAUAUGCUAGAUGUGUUUGAAGAUGUGAGUCAAGGCAAAUAUUAUCGUUCUACUGUGUCUGGAUCUGAAAAUAAAUCGUCAAAGAAUACAUCAGUAAAGUUUCAGUUGGAGUUCAAGGAUGGUCAACCUAUUCCUCAGGGUAUCAUUCAUGAAACAACUGAUGGAACACUUUCACUUCUUAACGUGCCUAUCAUAACUCCCAACUGUGAUGUUGUUUGUCCCAACUUAACUUUAAAAGUAGAUCAUGAUAUGCAUUUGCUUAUCACUGGACCUAAUGGCUGUGGUAAAUCAUCCUUGUUCCGUGUUUUAAGUGGUCUCUGGCCAGUAUAUGCUGGUGAUCUGUAUAAACCGCCCAUCUCCCAUAUGUUUUAUAUACCACAAAGACCAUAUAUGCCCUUGGGAUCAUUGGCUGAUCAAGUUAUAUACCCUGACACUUUAGCAGAUAUGAAAGCAAAAGGCAAAACUUUUGAUGAUUUGCAACAGUGCUUGGAAUUGGUUCACCUGGCAUACAUUGUAGAGAGAGAAGGUGGUUGGCAUGUUGUGCAAGAUUGGAAGGAUGUCUUAUCAGGUGGUGAGAAACAACGAAUGGCAAUGGCAAGACUAUUUUACCACAGGCCUAAAUUUGCUCUUCUCGAUGAAUGCACCAGUGCUGUGAGCAUUGAUGUAGAAAGUGAUAUAUAUCAAUCGGUGAAAGAUGCAGGAAUAACUUUGCUUACUAUUACUCAUCGACCUUCUUUGUGGAAAUUCCAUACACAUUUACUGCAGUUUGAUGGGGAAGGAGGCUGGAAAUUAGAGUCUUUAGAUUCUAAUGUUCGUUUGACAUUGAAAGAGGAGAAAGAAAAGUUGGAGGCUCAGCUGGCUGAUGUUCCAAGUGCACAGGAUAGGCUAAAGGAACUUUGUAAAGUGCUGGGUGAAGAUUCAAAGGUCUUGUCAUCGGAGUAGGAAAUCUAGAGUUAAGCAACUGAUUUUCCAUUCACUCUUUACAGGGUAAGGUUUUUAUAAUGCAAAUCCAUAGCCCAUAGCUCAAAUGUGCCAAAGGGACAGUUCAGUUACACAAUUUACUUUAAAUUAUUCCAAUGAACCACAGUAAGAUUGUGGAUAUCUUUCCAAACUGGAAAGACUUUUAUUGACUCUUGUAUUUCAUUUUCCAUGUUGCUGGGUGACAUGGGGAAGUUGUUAAAGGAAGUAACUUUUUAAGUAAGAAUUAUUUAUAAAUUGAUGUGUGAUUGGAACAUUUGUAUCAGAAUGUUUCAUAUGUUGAUAUAGCUUUAAUUUAAAAGUAUUUUGUAUUGUUAUUUUCUGUUGCCUGUUAUGUAUAAGAUUAAAAGAAUAUGGAAACUGAGUGCAAUAUUUUUCUUAUGCUUUCCUAAGAAUAUAGUUCAUCCUGUUACUUUACUUGCAUAAAUGUAGGAUCAGAAGUUAGUACAUGAAUUUUAUUUUUUAAUAGCAUUUCUUGGAUGUGUAUCAGUUGGGUAUAUUAUUCUGGUUUAUUUUAUUUGCCAUUAAUAAUAUAAUAUCACAUGUAGUGGGCUGUGCUUGUGUAUUAAUUUGUAGCUGGUGUUUGCUUUAGCUUUUUUGUAAUAUUGGGAAAGCAUGACUUAUCAGCUUGUCAGAGACUUGAUACUAUUCAUUAAAACAAUGAAACGGGAAUCCUUCUUAUUUGAAUAUCUUAAAAGCAUGUUGCUAAAGUAAUGGUACAAAAGUACUUUCUGUUAGCUCUCUGUUUUCCUUGUUAAAAUGAUUAUGAAUGUGUUGGUUGUUGUAAAUUGGAAAUUUUGAAUACUAUUUUUUUAAUGUUUAUGUUUUAGACUAUGUUAUUAUUAAUAUAAUCUUCUUGAGUUUUUUCAUAGAAUCCUAUAUUGUUUAAAUUAUAUUUAUGGUAUUCUAAAAUUUUGCAUAGAUUUCUAUUGAAGUUUGUUGUGUGUAUAUAUACAUGCAUACAUCUGUGUCUUUGACAUGUAACUUAGGAAGAAAUUAAUCGACUGAAGCAUUUAUAUUAGAUUCAAAUUUCUUAAUUUCACUUUCGUGCUCACAAAAACUUUUCUUGUUUGUUUCUUUUCAAAUAAAAUAUAACAGCAUAAGAAAUAAAGUAGCCUUAGUGCUGGAAACACAUUACUGAAUAGCAUCAGUCCAUAGUUUGUCAUUUGUGAAAUUUUAAGGAAUACAUUAAGAAUCUCUUGUCUUUACAAAUAAAUUGCAAUGAUAAAGUGCAUUUAACUUUUGGAGAAAGUCUGAUUUUUGUUAUUUGCACUUAUAAAGUUUAUUUUUAUCUCCUUAGUUCCUUUUCUGAUUGAAGUGAAGAUGUAGUCUUUUUUAAACAAUUAGUGUGCAUGUGGUUAAACUGGUUUGGUAGUUACAGUAAUUGAAGAAUUAUAUUUAUUGACAAAUUGCAUUGAAAAGCAACAUUUCAUAAAUAAUAAAGAAGCAAUGAUUGGAUUUUGUUUUACUUAAAAAGUACUCUCUUUAACUGCAGAAUAAUUUGGAUGCUAAGUUGAUGUGGUGCAUCUAAGCCCAUGAAGCAUUUAAAUAUUAAAUGAAAAGUGUUUUUUGUUGAUGUUACAAUGUAUGUUUGGCAGUAGUUCUCCAUAUUCUUAUAAGUUGAGGAAAUGAAGCAAAAAAUUAGUAUAAUUAAAAUUAUGAAAACUUAAUGUUUCGUGUAAAAGUGCUAUUAAUCAAAUCUGGUUUGAGUGUACUGUAUAUUCAAAUCUUGUACACCCAAAUCAGCAAACCAAAAGCAAGAGGAGAAGAAAUACUGUAAUGGAAUUUGGUAAUUUUGAAUGUUAAGUCAAUUCACAAAUUAUUUAGAAUAGAAGCAUAUGGAAAAUUCCAUCGCUUCACAAAAUUGUUUUGAGUGAAUUAUUGUAUCAUCAUGUCAUGCAAAUUUUAUCUGUGAAAUGUCAAACUUACAGUGAUGUGUUAAGUUCUUGUUUUUUGUAGUUGAAUUUUAGUAAUGACACUUUAAAUUUAUGUAUAUUAACACAUCAAAUCCUUUCUAAUAGAUACUUCUCUAGCCUACGAAGGGUAUCAAUGUUUCAACAUCAGUGACUUGUACUACCUUUAAAUACUCAUGCCUACUUCUUGAUACAUGCAUUGCCUUGAACUUUUACUGUACUUGCAUGUAUACAGGAUAUUUGUGUGAUCUGUGUUGGUGCAGUGACCAAUAUCAUUUUGUUGAGUCUUGGGUACCAGUGACAGAUAUAUAUUACUUUUAUAUUUUUAGCACAUUUAUUUCAUAUCCCAGUUUGUCAAUAAUGAAUUAAUUACUGGUUCUUAUUAAUGACAAAAUGUAGUUUUAUGUUUUUAAGUGAUCAGUGGUUUGACAACUAUAUAUUUUGAGAUGUUGUCAGAAGUUGAAUGCACAAUUAUUUUAAUGAAAAAAAGUGACACAUUUUUUUGCAUUUCCAACAACUUUUUUAAGCCCUUGAGGCCUUAUUGAUUCAUUUUAGUAGCUAAUUCCACCGCCUUUGGAUUCUUGUUUUGUCUUGUAUUCAAAUUUAUUAAUAUUCUUUAUUCUUAAAUUAGUGAUUUAAAAAGUGUUUACAUAAUCUCUGUAUUAAAAAAGUUGUUGAAGAUCAGUGAAUUUACAAAGGAUAGCAGAAGUAUUUUGAUGUACAUCCUUUGAAUGAUUUCUCUUACAACUAAAACUAACUUUUCUCAAGUUUAUUUUUUGUGUUAUUUUUCACUUGUGACUGGACAGUGUAGUAUAUUUCAGUAUAAAAUCCUUGUCCCAAUAUUUAUACAGUGGCUCUCCUUGAAGAUUUGGGUAUACAAAUGUCUAUGAGAAUACUUUAUUAGGAAAUACAAAACAACAAAGUUGUAGUUCACUCUGGUAAUUGUUAACUGUAUAUCCAUAUGGUAUUGAGUAGUUGACUUUCAUUGGAUUCAAGCAGCAUCUUUGGAUAAUUAUUUUUUUGUUCAUUAGUAAUUUUAAGAGCAAAAUAAAUUAAUUUUUCUUAAUGAAAAAUGUAACAUUUGAAAUUUGAAAAACAUAAUAUUUGAAUCGACAAUGCAGAGUGAUGAAAAUGUUGCUUUUAUCCAUGAAAAUUGAUUUACUAACCAGCUACUGUAAAUUUGUUCUGGCAGCUACUGAGUACUUCAAUUGUUUGGAUAAAAUUCUUUAUACUGAUAUGUUUGGAGCCAUUUCUUAAGUAUUGGAUUAUCUACAUAUGACAUAAAACUAGCAUUGAAAAUAGUUGAUAUUUUCUAUUAUUGUCUUUUAUUGUAAGAACUGGUAUCGAUUCAUUAUUUCUAGUAUUUAUUGAAAGAGAAAUUACCAUUGUGCCUGAAGACUUACACCUACAAUACAGUGACUGUAAAUGAUGCGAAAGAUUGGAAAAUGAGAAUGAAACAUUUGAAAUGCCCAGACCAAUUUUUACAAAGUUGAUUGGAAAUUAUGUCAAUACGGGAUUCCAUUGAACUAGCGAACGAUUCUGUAAAAGAGUGAAAUAUUUUGGAGACCAUGAAUUGUGUUGAUUUGAUGGUAGAGUGGUGAUCUAAUCAUUUGACAUAACUUUUAAUCAUGACAGUCAUGCAUAUAUAUAGAGACUUGGUGUUGAUCACGCAAGUAUUUUGUUAUUUCUACAAUUACAAAAUACAAGUACAAACUGAAAUUACAUCUUGUAUAUUUUGUUACAUUAUCUUUCAAAGAUGGAAGGUAAGAGUGGUACAGGUAAAAUGCAUAUAAAAUAGUUCAUCUUCAGAAUGUACUCUACUAGCCAGGUAUUUUAAUCCUUAAUUUAAUUUAUUCUCGUUUUGCAAAAUCAUUUCAAACCAAUGAGAAUUAAACUUGUAUUUUAAAUCUUGAAAUCAUUUAAUUAAUUUUUUGCUUUUAUACUCAAAUAAAUAAACUAGAAUUUCAAAAGAGUACACUUGUAAUUAAAUGUAAUCACAAAAUACAGAUACAGCUAAAUGCAUUGUAAAAUGGUUUUUUGUACAGUGACCCAGAUGGCAUUGUGUGUUUCAGAGAUAUACUCAUUUUAAUUUAGAAUUUAUAUUUAAAGAAUUUGUGAUCCUUCUUCAAGUAAUUCCUGGUGCAGUAAUUUUCAGAAAAAGAACUCUGAAAUUGGUAUAACAUGAUACUGGCAUGCCCUUCAGCUUUCUUAUUGUAGCCACCCACUUUCUCUUGAAAGUGAAAAUGAGAUUUACAUAAUGUUCUAAAAAUAGGUAAUCUAAUUUCUAUUUGGUGUAUUUGGGUCUUCCACAUAAAUACAUUGAUUGGUGCUUGUAGAGUAAUAUAAAUUACCAUUCUUUGCUGAGGAAAUUUGCUUGCUUCCUAAAUUAGAGUAUUUGUCAUUGUAGUUACAUGCUGACAAAUAAUACAUUAAAUUAGCUUAUUCCAUUUUUCAACAUAUUACUAGGAAUACUUUUAUCUGCUAAACUUGAGCAUCUUUAUUAAUUCUGUUAUACUGGAUUAUUCUGUUCUGUUAUACUUGAAUUGAAAUAUUUAUUAGUUUCAAUUUUUUAUUGAUGCUUCCUCACAUACUAUCCUACCUGGUAGAUAUUUCAUUGUUCCUUUAUUCAUAUAUUGAAAUUUUUAACCUUAAUCCAAAGUGAUUAUAUAGAUAAUGCAGAAUUGAUAUAAACAAAUUAUUUUUAUAGACAAUUUUUGCAGGCUGUACUCUUGUAAUUCAUGGCAUUGCAUUACUUCUAUUUAAUGUAGUUUUUGGUUGUCAGUAUUAAUAAUUUAAACUCUGUAAACAAUUCAAUGCAGUAUGUAAGAGUAAGAUGGUAAUGUUGAUCAUAAGACUGUUCCAAUUGUUCUGAGAUAUUUUCAAUUAUAUAUUUCUUUGUGGAAAAUUAAUGUUUUUUGUUGUAGAUAUUAUUUUCCUAUAUCUCUUUUAUUUCAGCCUUAAUAAUUCAUAGUCUGUUUUAAAAUGACCUUAGUUAAACUUAUCUGUAUUAUUGCAAUAUGAAGUGGUCUAGUGUUUAUUAUUUACUAGAAUAUUUUUUUCUAUAUAUUUUUUACUAUAUAUAUAUAUUUUUUUUUUGUUUUGAAAAAACAAGGAUACAAAUCUAAAAAUCCAUUUUUUAAAUUUGGAAUGUUUAUGUAAUUUCUUUACUCUUCAAUUAUUUACUUCUGUGUUCAAACAAAAAUAUUCAGUUUAAAAAAACACGAAAGCAAAUUACACAGCAAAUCAUCAGAAUGUAUUGAAGUAAGUAUUGUGAAUUUAUUGAUAUUGAAACAUGAAAGAAGUGCAAUAAUAGCUUAUAUUUUAAUUUUUAAAUUUAUUAACUAUUAAGUAAAUGUUUUGUAGAUCAUGGCAUUGUAUAAUAAUUAAACACUUAUGAAGCAUGAACAAUAUGAAGGUGUUUCACUAUAACUUUCUAAGAAGGAAAACAUCAAGGAUGAUUCAUUAUUUUGUGAUAUUUGGAAAUGAGCUAUGUUUAGUGGAUUCUUAAAUAUGUUUAACAUUCAUUAAACAUGUCUGUUACAUUACUCAUCAGUAGAAUAACAGAUCCAAAUUCAUUCACACAAAUUUUUUUUGAAUGCAAGUUUGUAGGUUUUUGCUUAGUUUGAAACUCAAGAUGUCAAAAAAUUAGUAUAAAAAAAACAUUUUUACAUGAUGUUACGGGUGAACUUGACAAUUCGUUACUCAUAUUACGUCUCUCUUCCUCUUAGAUAAGAAAACUAUUCACGUUUUAUAGCUGAAGAAUUUUCCUUCACUUUACUUUUAAAGACUUUUACUUGAUUUGAUACUUUGGUAUGUAUAUUUAGUUACUUUUUAUUUUGUUAAAAGUUUGACUUCUUGAAGAUGCACAGUAUUUUAUAGCAUUAAAUAGUAAAUCAUGAAAUUUGGUGUGAUUUUUACGUAAAAUUAUGUUAAUUAUAAAAAGCGAAUACUUUAGUUAAUCAGGAUGCUCAUGGUUUAUCAGGAUUUAUUUGAUUUAUGUUUUGAACAUUUCAAAUAAAGAUAAAACAUUAAUGAAGAGGAAGGGACUUGUAUUGUCUAUUGCAAAGAGGAAUGCUUUUCUCAUUCUGCAGCAGUUUCAUUAUCGCCCCUUUGUUUAUUUGAUGGUAAUAAUCAAACUGUAACGUAUCAAGAAAUUUAGGUUCUGAAUAUUGUUAUGGAAUUUUUUAUUUGUGUAUAUUCCUGGAACGUUUCAUUGAAGGAAAACUAUGCUGAGAUUCUUAAUGUGAUAAUAGCUUUGGGAGUUUUGUUCGAAAUGUUUCAUUAUCAAUUUCAAUUUCUUGAAGGAUAAGAAUGAUUAUAGCUGCUCAACCUGUCAACGAUAAAUAAGUGACAUUAAAAUUCAUUCUAAAUUACAUUAAUGGCUAGUGUUAUAUUGUCACUGUUUAAUUUGGACGUUGAUGAUUUACAUAAUCUUCUUGCACACUGAAGUUUGGGUAUUGUGACAGUUAAAAAUUUAGUGUUCGCUAUUGUGAGGCUAUAAAUCAAUAUAUAAUUAAAGUACAUUUCUUUGUAAACUUAGUAUAUUGGGAAGAGAAUGCAUUUGCUGUCUGGGUUGCUUUUCUGCUUCUUUAUGAUAAAUGUAUAUUCUUUAAUGAAUGGUUAAACAAUAUGCAUAAUUGAAACACCAACAGAUAUUGAUACUUUUUUAUGGCUUUUUAAAUGUAGAUAAACAUUUAAUUGUAUUACGAGCUGAAAUUGUGUGAAUGGUAUAUACUAGUGUGUUGCCACUUGUGCAUGUAUUAUGGGCAUAAUUAAGAAUGAUAAUUUAUUCACAAUUACAUCUGUGAUUGCUACAUUUUUUUAAAUAAUAGUAUGGUGCCUAUUGCAUUGUAUAGAUAAAUUUUUUUAAUUAGCUUUAAAAAUAAUGAAGAGAUAUAUUUAGAAAGUGUUUAAGUACUCACAUGUACAAAAUUGAAAGAGAAACUUUUUCAUUUAUCCAUAUAUCCAUAGGAAUAGAAGAACUUAGAGACUGAAUAUGAAACUUCACAUAAUUUCUGAAAAUCUUCUCAUAGAAUUCUUGAUAUUAAAACCUAAUAUUCUUUAUCCUAACAAUUAUGAAUAUAUUAAAAAUAUUGUAUGCUUACAUUCAUCAAUUUAUUUACUGAUAAGACCUUAAAGAAAGGGUAUCUGAUUGUUUAUUUGUGUUGGUUUUUUUGUUAGUGUUUUAGUUUAAAGGAAGGGAAAUAUCUUGAAAACAAAAAUAUUGGAAAACUUGUUGGCUCCAUUUAUGAUUUGUGGUGGACUUUGUGACUGCUCUUUUAUAUACAUGGUUGUCUAUUCUGUUACAAAUAUGAGAAAAGUUGAGAUUAUUUUUACCUUUAUUUUGUAUAUGAAUUUUUUUGUUUGCUAGUUUGCAUAACUACACAGUUGAAGAAUUUGAUAUCUAAAAUGUCUUAAAUGUGUGUUCUGACAAAUCUUACAAUACUGAUACUAUUGCUACCACAUUACCAUAGAUAACCUUGUAAUGCAUACAGGUGACAGGUCUGAUGACUAUUACAGAAGAUGAUCUAUUACAGAAGCAACAACAAUUAUAUUUUGAGUGUAAAAUUUAUUUUUGAAAUUGGCAUUGCAAGUUUUAUAUUUAUGUAUAGUUUUAAUUUAUUUAAAAAAAAUGUGGAAAAUGCAGUUUUUGUAUUUUUAAGAUAUAGCUGAAUAGCAUAUUUUUUUAAAAAUAACUGACUUUAUUUUUGAGUUACAGAUGAACACAACAAUGAGAGAUGAGUUGUAUUUAUUCACUCUGAAAAAAAGUUAAUCAAAAAAUUGAUAAAGUUUUCAGUGGGUAAAAGGGUAAUGUAAUAGUAGCGUUACACUCAGCCCAUGUUCGAAUAUUAUUUGUUAGUUUUACUUGAAAGUUAGAUAAGGUUAUACUGUAAAAUUAAAAAGUAUUCUGUAAAUUUAAAUUGUACCUAUAUUCAAAAGUAUGAAGAAAAUUCAAGAACAGAAAUAUAAAUCAGUAAUGAAUGAAUAAUUUGUGAGGAAGGUGAAACAGCUGCAGUGAAUUAUGUAAUGCUCAUUGUCAUUUGUUUUGUAUCAUAAUUUUCCAUUUGCUUUAGUUUGUUUUUAAUUGUUCAUUUUAUUUAUAUAUGCGAUAUUAAUAUUAAGAAAUACUUCUACUUCUAGAAGUAUAUUCUGAAAACUGAACGGAAUUUCAUGUUAAAAUGUUUUUUGUGUAUGAUGUAGCUUAUAAUUUCAUCUGUAGAAUAAGAAUCAAUUUUAUAUCACACAUCUUGCAGAUGAAUUCAGUUUUGUUUAAGUACUUGCUUCUUGUCUUGAAUCAUUUUAUUGUAGGCAAAAUUAAGCAGUAAGACAUUUGUGACAAUAAGUGCAAGAAAAACUUCAAGAGGCAAGAGCAUGCCUAAGUAACUUUGUAUGAAACAUAGUUAACAUUUAAAUUUUGCGUCUUCUUAUUUUUCAACCUUGUAGUAAAUGUAUGGCAUUAUUACUAACAUAUAAUAUUUUUUAAUUUGUUUUGAUCUUUAUUUAUAGUUUAUGAAAUCUUUUGUUUUAUGAAUAUUUAUGUUAUCUAAGUGUUAAAUAGAACAUAUUGAUAUUUUGUUGUUGCUGACCUGUACCUAUUUGUUGCAAACUUGUGAGAACUGAUUCAGUGCUGGAAAUUCAAUUGUUUACGGAGUUAAUAUUUUUAGUGCUUAGCAUUUGUUGCCAAAACUCAUGUGUGUAUGUAUAAAAUAUGUGAAAAAUAGAUUCUUUUAUGUUUUGUUGGUUGUGUUAAAAACAAAAACCAUUCAUUACUCAUUCUGAGUAAUUUUCUGUUUUCUGAUUCCUAACUGGUGACCAAUCUCAUAUAUACAUAUUGUUGGGAUUGUGUCAAUAUUUAGUAGCAGCAUUGUGUAUUACAUGACUGCUGAUUGGACGUACCUGAUAUGUAUAAGUACAUGAAAUACAAGCUUUAGACUGGAUAAUAAUUUAAACUGAUUAAUAUGUGAACAAUGAAACUAAUUCAUUUAUACAAUAGAUAUUUACUGAUUAAAUCUAAUAUCAGUCAUUUAAGUGAAUAAGAAAAAGGAAUUUAAACAAGUAUUUUUUCAUAUAUCUCAUCUUGUAGGAUUUUGUGUGCCUUCCGCAGAAUUUUAUUUAUGAAAUGAGGUUUGAAAAUACAUGUAAUCUAACAGUUUGGAAAAUGGCCAUGGAUUACUGAAUUUAAACGAAUAAUACAUUAUAUGAUUGUUCUGUUUUAUGUUGAAAAUAUUUGUUAUAUGUUCAUUGUACAUCGUAUUGUAUUUCUUUCCUGUACUUCAGAAUGCCAGUGUAGUUUUCAUUUCUGAAACUGAUACAUAUUACUUAUUAUAAACAGACAAAUAAAGUUGUGUUCCUUUUGGGUUUUUAUCUAGUCAUGUUUGUUUUCAUGAUAAAUGUCAUUUUUUUACUCUGCAGACGCUUUGAAAAUAUUUAUAUGAGGUACAGGCAUGAUAUGCAAUAAUUAUUUUUUGUUUUGUCCAUCAGAAAAGUCAUGUAAAGACAAUGACAAAAAUAUAUUUUGUAUAAUUUAGACAAUUAUGUUUUUGAAUAAACAAUUUAUCUCUAAUUUAAUUCUGUAUAGUUAUUUUCUAAACAUGGUCCUUGGAAAAAAGUAUAAGGUG